AGACAUAUUAACAACAUGCCUUAUAUUUAAUUGUACUCUGUUUGUUAUAGUGUUCUGGUCCAUCCAUGGAGCCUACAAUAUUUUCCAAUGACAUUAUCCUAACGGAGCAUGUUACAGUUCUGCGGCAAAAGAUUAAAAAGGGAGACAUUGUAGUGUGUCGAUCACCAACUAACCCAAGACAAUACAUAUGCAAACGUGUGGCAGGUCUUCCUGGUGAUAAGAUUCAGAGGGGGAUAUUUUCUGAAGUAGCUGUCCCCAAAGGUAAUGUGUGGCUUGAAGGUGACAACAAAACAAACUCAACAGAUUCUCGAACCUAUGGACCUGUACCAUUAGGUUUGUUGCGUGGUAGAGCAAUAUGUAAAGUCUGGCCUUACAGUGACUUCCACUUCUUCAGUGACAGAUGACACAUCCUGUUACCUGUUUGUAUCUUCAGUGUUAUGAUAAUUUUUUAAAUGCUUAUUUAUUUUCAAUUGUAAGUAUCAUAAAAUUACAGUAACUGAAUUAUUGAAUACACAUCUGAAUAUUUUCUAACUGUCAUGCAUUUUUUCAUUAUGAUCAAAGUUGCCAGAGCCAGUAAACUACACUAGUGUCUCUUGUACGCAAAGAAAGCCUCAAUACUGAGUAUUAAUCUCACUAUUACCUAAUUGUACUUAAUGUUACAAUUAUAAAGUAUAAUUUUCAAGAAAAAAGUAAUACCUUAUGGGAGCACAAAAUAGAGUUGGUAUAAAAGAAAUAGGGUGAUUUAGAAGUAAUCAACAGGCAAGUAAUUCAGAAAUGGGAAGAUAUAGAACAAUAGUUGGAAUGGCGUAUUGUGAAUCUACUCUGUAACAAUAUAAAUUUUGUUAUUCAAGGUCAUGUUCUUCAAAACUGUUAUUAACAUACAUUAUAUACCAAAAAUGUCAAUUACAUAGGUUUAGACAAUAACAAAUGAAAAUUUUAAAC